UUCCCUAAAUCUAGACGUAAGACCGUCUCUCGUUAUUUCGUUUUUCACGCUGAUCAUGUUGGCGUCAUCAACGCACCGGACUGAACGAGGAAGUGAAAGAGACGGUCGCUAAAGACACCGCUGAACGGAGAGUCGGUUGAUCGGAUAUAAAGCUACGGACGCGACUCUUCAUAAUGGGCUCUUGUGACUUUCUGAUCACAUCACAAGGUCCUCUUGCUCAGAGAUGGAUCUUGUGACCAUAUAUCUACAGGCUUUCUGCCUAACAUCUUUAUGAGAUUUACUAAGCAGCUGUAUUACACUCAUACACACACAUAUACACAAGGAUGGCACCAGUCCCACCUGGCAUCCGCUUCCUGGCUUCCUUCAAUAGGGACCAGUGGUACAAGGCCUUCACGUUUGCUCUCACUUUCCUGCUCUAUACAAGCUUUCAUCUAUCCAGGAAACCCAUCAGCAUUGUCAAGAGUGAGCUGCAUAAGAACUGCUCUCAUGUCAUGGAGGUUCCUACAGAGGGCAGCCAGCAGCCUAGACUUCACCCAGAACUAGACUGCAGCUGGAAACCAUUCGACCGAAACAACUAUAAGCAGUUGCUUGGAGCGAUGGAUUACUCUUUCCUGUGUGCUUAUGCCAUAGGCAUGUAUCUCAGUGGAAUCAUUGGAGAGCGUUUGCCCAUUCGUCUGUACCUGACUGUGGGCAUGUUGACCAGUGGUCUUUUCACCUGUCUGUUUGGACUGGGGUAUAUCUAUGACAUCCAUAGCCUUGGCUUCUAUAUAUUUGUUCAGGUGGCCAAUGGAUUGGUUCAGACCACUGGUUGGCCAAGUGUCGUGACUUGCAUUGGUAACUGGUUUGGCAAGGGCAGGAGAGGCCUCAUCAUGGGUCUGUGGAACUCUCACACAUCGGUGGGCAACAUUCUGGGCUCUUUGAUUGCUGGAUAUUAUGUCUCCUCUAACUGGGGUCUGUCCUUCAUCGUCCCUGGAGUUAUCAUCGCGGUCAUGGGGGUCAUCUGCUUCUUCUUUCUAAUAGAGCACCCUAAUGAUCUGAAGACCGCCAGUGCCCAGAACUCAGCUCCAAGCAAUCAGAAGCCUCAUAAAAGCUGGAAUGGUGUUAACGGACAUAAAGACCUUUACUUGCAGUACAAGCCAGGAGCUAAAGCACAGAGCUGGGACACAGAGCUUCUGCUGGGACAGGAGAGCAUUGGCGUGUGUGUCCCCGUGCAGCAGGUGGUGGUGGUGAAGAGUGAGGCAGAACCGUCAGCCAUCAGCUUCAUGGGAGCUUUACGCAUUCCUGGAGUUGUGGAGUUCUCUCUUUGUCUGCUGUUUGCCAAGUUGGUCAGUUAUACCUUCCUCUUCUGGCUGCCCCUCUACAUCACUAAAGCAGCUCACCUAGAUGCCAAGAAAGCUGGAGACCUUUCGACUCUAUUUGAUGUGGGUGGCAUUGUUGGAGGGAUCCUGGCUGGAGUGAUCUCGGAUAAGAUGGAAAAGAGGGCCACCACUUGCGCUGUGAUGCUUCUGCUGGCAGCGCCCACACUCUACGGCUUCUCUAUGAUCAGUCAGUUUGGCUUGGGACCCACUAUUGGUAUGCUGCUGGUGUGUGGUGGUUUAGUCAACGGACCGUACGCUCUCAUCACAACAGCCGUCUCUGCUGACUUGGGAACACACAAGAGUCUGAAGGGCAAUGCCAGGGCUCUCUCUACAGUUACAGCUAUUAUAGACGGCACUGGAUCUGUUGGUGCUGCUGUGGGCCCUUUGUUGGCAGGGCUGUUAUCAGCACAAGGCUGGGAUCAGGUCUUUUACAUGCUCAUGACCGCAGACUUUCUUGCACUUUUGCUUUUGCUGAGACUUGUGAUGAAGGAGCUUCGCUCUCAUAGGAGCCGGCCAGGAGUCGCUGUCGAACUGAAGGAACAUUGAGUACUUUGCACUAACUGAGCGAGAGAGAGAGAAAGGCAGCACUGGAUACAAAUGUUCAUCUCUCACCAGUUGUUAUCUGACCACUUCCUACCCUGGACCAAAACUUGAUUGAAACCUGUGCUCAGUCCUCUGUUUUAGAAAAUGGACUAUACAAAGUGACAUUUUAUAACCUUUUUAAGAAGAAAAAUCAUCGGUUUAGGGUGACAGCAAAGCAACUUUGAGGAAAUAUUUUCUUAUAGAAUAUUUUCCCCUGUGGAGAUCAUCAUGGCCAUGCAGUCUGGACCUGCAGCUCUGCUUGCAUUUGUCCCCAAACAAAUGAACAUGACUCAACGUGAAAUCAAGCCUAAAUAUCCCUCCAGUCAAAUAAUGCACAAUUGCACAACCAAAAGUAGCCUCUCUUUGUUGCUAACAAGGGGAUUUUUUUUAAAUAAAUGCAGUAUAAUUUCUUCCUCUAGACCACUGCCGGGCACACAGCGCCUUCAUUAAACACACACAACAAAUGUCCCUGUAAACAGUUCAUAAAUCCAUUCUUGCAUGAAUUGUCACAUUGAAUUGAACACGACAAUUUAUGUAAGAAUGGUUUAAGAAAUAUUUACACCGAAAUUUGUUUCAUAAACUAGGCCCACAGAGCGUAUAGCUGAUCAGUUUAUGUAUGUGUGAAAGUGUGUAUAUAUAUGUAUGCUAAAUCGAUAAUAUAUUAUUAUUCUCAUCUGCCUUUCUAUGAACCAAAGCCAAUCUUGUUAGUCAUUGAAAAAAAUUUUGUAUUUGGACUGUUUUCUUCGGAUCCCCUAAAAUUACAUGGUAGUGGAAAAAAUAUGGGAUUGGAGGAAAAAAAAUAUUUCAAUGCUUUUGCGUUCUCUCACAAAAGUUUUGCCUUCCUUCAAAAAAACUUUGCGUUCCCUCACAAAGAACUUUUGUGAUGGUGAAUGCAAAGUUUCUCGGAGGGGAACACAAAACAUUUGUGAGAGAACGCAAAAACAUUAACAUAAUUUUUCCUCCCAUCUCAUUUUUUUCAUCAUGUCCCUUAAGGGGGUUCUGUAGUUUUCUGUGUCUUACUGUGGUGACGUUAAGUUCUUCCUGUGUUUGUAUAUAGGGGACCCACUAGGUGAUUCAGCCAUAUGACUAAUUGUUUUCCUUUUAUUUAUUUUAAAUUAUUUAUUUUUUGGUAUUAGAGACUUCCACUGCUGGCCUGUGACUUAAUGAAUAAUCAUGUUUUGAAUCAUUAUGAAGGAAGGUUAGCAAUUAUUUUUUAUCUGACCGCUGAUUACUAUACAUUCAUAUACAAACAAAAUUCAAGCUGUUCUAUAUUAAUAAUACAGGAUAUAUCAACAUUUUGAUUUGUUUUCUCUGUAGGAUACAGUAUUAGAUUUUUAAAAAGCGUUUCUGUUGCCAGGUUCAAAAUGUUCACAUCAAGCUCAGUCUGUAUGAUAUAAAUCAGUGCGAGCGAAUCAAGAGUCUCCUUGACUGUAAUUGUAUGUGCGCAUUUAGGACCUGCACCUGCCUCUGCAGCUAUAAAUAUUUAAAGUGUCUAUUUGAAUGUUCAGGUUACUGUGGGAUUGUGUCGUUCUGCAGAGCUAGAGGCACAUGUAGAUGUUUGUUAUAAAACUUGGACCUCUUACAUAAUCAUGCGUUUAGCACGUGUGCAUUUGCCCUUAUAGGACGACAUACUCUAGGUGAUUGAAUGUAUCUGUAUAAUUUAUGGGUAGAACAUUGGUGUAAUGAGAUAAAAAUACAUUGUGCCUUUUUUCUAUUUGCUUUUUUGUAUAGAGAUAUGUCUUUGGAGUGUUCAUUUUUAAGUUAUUGUCAGCUGCUUUACAGAAUCCUGUGGAACUAAUAGAGAUUUGGGAAUUAUCUGUAUAUGUUGCUGUGUGUACAAAUAGGACAUUUUGAAUAAAGGAGACACAAAAUGCAAUAAA